UGCCCCCUGCUGGUUUAAAAUUAAACUGCACAUCACCGAAAUGUCCACUAUCACAACGCACCACCAGGGGGCGCCGUCGAGCCAACGACAAAAAACCACUGGGUGACGACGACGCCAGACGAUUCAGUCAAAGAUGGCGUCUCUUCUGCAACCCGACAGGGUUCUCUACCUUGUUCACGGAGAGAAAAAAAUCCGCUCGUCGUUGUCUACACUUUAUUUUUGCCGGUAUUGCAGUGAAUUGCGUUCCUUAGAAUGUGUGUCUCACGAGGUGGACUCCCAUUACUGUCCGAGCUGCCUGGAGAAUAUGCCUUCAGCUGAGGCCAAGCUGAAGAAGAACAGGUGUGCCAACUGCUUCGACUGCCCGUGCUGCAUGCACACCCUGUCCACCCGGGCAACCAACAUCCCAGCCCCUCUUCCCGACGACCCCAGCAAGACGGCCAUGAAGAAGGCCUACUACCUGGCCUGUGGCUUCUGUCGUUGGACAUCCAGAGAUGUGGGCAUGGCUGACAAGUCUGUGGCCAGUGGAGGAUGGCAGGAGCCGGACAACCCUCAUACUCAACGGAUCAAUAAACUGAUAGAGUAUUACCAGCAGCUGGCCCAGAGGGAGAAACUGGAGAGGGACCGGAAGAAGCUGGCCAGGAGACGACCCUACAUGCCUCUGGCCUUCUCGCAACACACUAUUCAUGUGGUGGAGAAGUAUGGUCUGGGUACCAGACUACAGAGACAGAGACCUGGAGCUCCUAUCACCAGUCUGGCUGGUCUUUCUCUGAAGGAAGGUGAAGACCAAAAGGAGAUUAACAUAGAGCCAGCCCAGGCCUUAGACGAGGUGGAACCACUGCCUGAAGACUACUACACUAGACCAAUCAACCUACCCGAGGUGACAUCCUUGCGUCAGCGGCUGCUCCAGCCUGACUUCCAGCCAGCCGGAGCCUCUCAGCUCCACCCCAAACACAAACACCUGUUGAUCAAGCGCUCUCUGCGAUGCAGGAAAUGUGAGCACAAUCUGAGCAAGCCAGAAUUCAACCCAACCUCAAUCAAGUUCAAAAUCCAGCUGGUGGCUGUGAGUUACAUCCCUGAGGUCAGAAUAAUGUCCAUUCCAAACCUGCGCUUCCAGAAGGAGUGCCAGGUGCUGCUCACCCUGACCAACCCCGUGGAGAGUAUUACCCACGUCACCCUGGUGGGCUGUGAGGAAGGAGACCCAGAGGACAUCAACAGCACUGCGAAGGUGAUGGUUCCUACCAAGGAGUUGGUCCUGGCAGGGAAGGAUGCUGCAGCAGAUUACGACGAGUUGGCUGAGCCACAGGACUUCCAGGACGACCCAGAUGUGGUGGCCUUCAGGAAAUCCAAUAAGAUCGGUUUCUUCAUCAAGGUGGUCCCUCAGCGCGAGGAGGACGGCGAUGUCACGGUGUCCUUUAAGAUUCGCCACGACUUCCGCAACUUGGCGGCUCCCAUAAGGCCGAGCGAGGAGGACGAUGCCCCAACCGAGGCAAUAUGGCUCACACACCACGUGGAGCUCAGCCUGGGGCCGCUCGUAGCGUGAAGUUACACACACACACACACGUUAACACAACCACAAAAUACAUAUAUACACUGAGUGUACAAAACAUUAAGAACACCUGCGCUUUCCAUGACAGACUGACAAGGUGAACCCAGGUGAAAGCGAUGAUCCCUUAUUGACGUCACCUGAUAAAUCCACUUCAAUCAGUGUAGAUGAAGGGGAGGAGACGGGUUAAAGUAGGAAUUGUAAGACUUGAGAGAAUUUGAGACAUGGAUUGUGUAUGUGUGUCAUUCAGUGGGUGAAUCGGCAAGACAAAAGAUUUAAGUGCCUUUUUAACAGGGUAUGUUAGUAGGUGACAGGCGCACCAGUUUGAGUCAAGAACUGCAACCCUGCUGGGUUUUUCACACUCAACAGUGUCCCGUAUGUAUCAAGCAGAGUCCGACACCCAAUGAACAUCCAGCCAACUUGACACAACUGUGAGAAUGGAGUCAACUUUGAAGUUCAUGACCUGACGAAUUGAGGCUGUUCUGAGGGGGGGGGGGGUGCACCUCAGGUUCCUAAUGUUUGGUAUGCUCAUGAUAUAUAGUAGAGCAGUGUUGAGAGAGAGAGCGAGAGAGAUAGAGAGAACACACCUAACAGACAAACACACACACGCCGUACAUACAUUGGAUCACAUAUCCCUCACACGCAACACACACACACACACACGUACUCGACUAGCAACACUUCUCUGUACCACCAAGCAGUUCCAGAGACCCUUUCCUGCUUCACGCUUCAACUUAGGCACUAUCUUCAUCAUCCUCCUCCUAAGGAUGAAGAGUAUUUACCUGCAUGCCAGGCUACAUCUACCUGCUAAUAAAUGUCUCUUAGAUGAUGUCAUUACUGUUUGUCCUCUCUGGGUUGAAGGUAGUGUGAGACUGUCAUUACUGUUUCUCCUCUGGGUUGAAAGUAGGGUGAGACUGUCAUUACUGUUUCUCCUCUCUGGGUUGAAAGUAGGGUGAGACUGUCAUUACUGUUUCUCCUCUCUGGGUUGAAGGUAGGGUGAGACUGUCAUUACUGUUUCUCCUCUCUGGGUUGAAGGUAGUGUGAGACUGUCAUUACUGUAUCUCCUCUGGGUUGAAGGUAGGGUGAGACUGUCAUUACUGUUUCUCCUCUCUGGGUUGAAGAUAGGGUGAGACUGUCAUUACUGUUUCUCCUCUCUGGGUUGAAGAUAGGGUGAGACUGUCAUUACUGUUUCUCCUCUCUGGGUUGAAGGUAGGGUGAGACUGUCAUUACUGUUUCUCCUCUCUGGGUUGAAGGUAGGGUGAGACUGUCAUUACUGUUUCUCCUCUCUGGGUUGAAGAUAGGGUGAGACUGUCAUUACUGUUUCUCCUCUCUGGGUUGAAGGUAGGGUGAGACUGUCAUUACUGUUUCUCCUCUCUGGGUUGAAGGUAGGGUGAGACUGUCAUUACUGUUUCUCCUCUCUGGGUUGAAGAUAGGGUGAGACUGUCAUUACUGUUUCUCCUCUCUGGGUUGAAGAUAGGGUGAGACUGUCAUUACUGUUUCUCCUCUCUGGGUUGAAGGUAGGGUGAGACUGUCAUUACUGUUUCUCCUCUCUGGGUUGAAGAUAGGGUGAGACUGUCAUUACUGUUUCUCCUCUCUGGGUUGAAGGUAGGGUGAGACUGUCAUUACUGUUUCUCCUCUCUGGGUUGAAGGUAGGGUGAGACUGUCAUUACUGUUUCUCCUCUCUGGGUUGAAGGUAGGGUGAGACUGUCAUUACUGUUUCUCCUCUCUGGGUUGAAGGUAGGGUGAGACUGUCAUUACUGUUUCUCCUCUGGGUUGAAGGUAGGGUGAGACUGUCAUUACUGUAUCUCCUCUGGGUUGAAGGUAGGGUGAGACUGUCAUUACUGUUUCUCCUCUCUGGGUUGAAGGUAGGGUGAGACUGUCAUUACUGUUUCUCCUCUCUGGGUUGAAGGUAGGGUGAGACUGUCAGUACUGUUUCUCCUCUCUGGGUUGAAGGUAGUGUGAGACUGUCAUUACUGUAUCUCCUCUGGGUUGAAGGUAGGGUGAGACUGUCAUUACUGUAUCUCCUCUGGGUUGAAGGUAGGGUGAGACUGUCAUUACUGUUUCUCCUUUCUGGGUUGAAGGUAGGGUGAGACUGUCAUUACUGUUUCUCCUCUCUGGGUUGAAGGUAGGGUGAGACUGUCAUUACUGUUUAUCCUCUCUGGGUUGAAGGUAGGAUGAGACUGUCAUUACUGUUUCUCCUCUCUGGGUUGAAAGUAGGAUGAGACUGUCAUUACUGUUUCUCUCUGGGUUGAAGGUAGGGUGAGACUAAGGAGUUGGGAGUUAUUUUUGCUGUUGUCUUUAGUACUGAAGUCAGUCAGUUCUAUUAGCAGUAUUGAAGUAGUGAGACCUGUAAACUUGUCUUUGUCUGAGGUAAGAUACAUUACCUAAAAACACUAUCGAUCAAUCGUACAUUUUCAUAAAAUGUAAAGUGUAUUAUAUAUAUAUUCAUUGGAUGGUUUCUGCUGAAGAUCUGACCAACAGUGGCUGGUUGCUGUUUAUUGUGGUUCACUGGCACUCAUUUUAAUUUGUUGUCUCUGUGUGAAGUCUGGAAGGAAUUCCUCUGGUUUUUGUUAGUCUUACAACACGGAUAACCUGUUACUGGCUAAUAAAAUAAUGUCAGAAAAACA